GAAGCGAGCGGGUCCCGCCUCUUCCCUCCGCUCGUCGUCGCCGGAGACGCCGCCGCCGCCGCCGCCGCCGCCGCCCGCUCUCGGGAGAGCCGGAGUCUCCGUGCCGCACCCUCGGUCCCGGCCGCGCGGAGCCGGGAUGCCCUGCUCCUGCUGUGGGUCCUCAUCAUGGAGACCAAACGGGUGGAGAUUCCCGGCAGCGUCCUGGACGAUCUCUGCAGCCGAUUUAUUUUGCAUAUUCCCAGUGAGGAAAGAGACAAUGCUAUCCGAGUGUGUUUUCAGAUUGAACUUGCCCAUUGGUUUUACUUGGAUUUCUACAUGCAGAACACACCAGGAUUACCUCAGUGUGGGAUAAGAGACUUUGCUAAAGCUGUCUUCAGUCAUUGUCCGUUUUUGCUGCCUCAAGGUGAAGAUGUGGAAAAAAUUUUGGAUGAAUGGAAGGAAUAUAAAAUGGGAGUACCAACCUAUGGUGCAAUUAUUCUUGAUGAGACGCUUGAAAAUGUACUACUGGUUCAGGGGUAUCUAGCAAAAUCAGGCUGGGGAUUUCCAAAAGGAAAAGUAAACAAAGAAGAAGCUCCUCAUGAUUGUGCUGCUAGAGAGGUCUUUGAAGAAACUGGUUUUGAUAUCAAAGAUUAUAUUUGUAAGGAUGAUUACAUUGAACUUCGAAUCAAUGACCAGCUUGCUCGUUUGUACAUCAUUCCAGGAAUUCCAAAAGACACAAAAUUUAACCCGAAAACCAGAAGAGAAAUUCGGAACAUUGAGUGGUUCUCCAUUGAGAAAUUGCCCUGUCAUAGAAAUGAUAUGACCCCAAAAUCCAAACUUGGUUUGGCACCUAACAAAUUUUUUAUGGCCAUUCCCUUUAUCAGGCCUUUAAGGGACUGGCUUUCGCGGAGAUUUGGAGAUUCCUCAGACAGUGACAAUGGAUUUUCCUCAGUUGGUAGUACACCAGCUAAACCCACUGUGGAAAAAUUGAGUCGAACCAAAUUCCGCCACAGUCAGCAGUUAUUUCCUGAAGGUUCUCCUGGUGACCAGUGGGUAAAGUACAGGCAGCCACUGCAACAAAAGCCAUAUAAUAAUCAUUCUGAAAUGUCUGACAUUUUAAAAGCAAAGAAUCAAAGUAUGAGGGGAAAUGGCAAAAAACAGUAUCAGGACUCACCUAAUCAGAAGAAAAGAACAAAUGGGAUCCACAGUCAGCCAGCCAAGCAGCAGAAUCCCUUAAUGAAAUGUGAAAAAAAACUUCAUCCACGAAAACUUCAGGAUAAUUUUGAAACAGAUGCUGUAUAUGACUUGCCUUGCUCCGGUGAAGACCAGUUGCUAGAACAUGCCGAGGGACAGUCUGUGGCAUGUAAUGGUCAUUGCAAGUUCCCCUUUUCAUCCAGAGCCUUUUUGAGUUUUAAGUUUGACCAUAAUGCUAUAAUGAAAAUCUUGGAUCUUUGAUAGCAGCAGAUGUAUUGUGGAAGUCCCACGAUCAGAGACCUGUUGCAUUUGAGUAGGUGUCUCUUUGAGCCUUACCUUUCUCAGGUGUUUUAAAGAAAUGCAGGGAAGCAACGAUGUUUCUCAAGAUAAAUGUUCUCUGUGCAGAAGAGAGAGUAAAAAGAAACAUGAGUUUGCACUGUAAAUGCAGUUAUAACCUUAUAUACAGAUAUAUCUUUUCAGUCUUUGGCUAAUGAAUUUAAGUUGCUUUUUAUGAGAGCAUUUUUUUUUUUUUUCUGUGUGAUUGUGGUUUUUAUUUUAUGUUCUGGUCAAGAAAAUAGUGUUUGAGUCAUCAUCAAGUAACCAAGUUAAUGGGAAUGCUCCAUCUAUCCAUGACAGUGAUUGCAAUAAGAGUUUCCUUAUAUUGACAUUUUUAAAAGAAACUUAAAAUUCACAAAUAUUAAAUGAAUGCAAGAGCUAAAAAUGUCACAGAAGUCAAAAUUGCAGGUCAUCUGCUUUGGUGGCAUUUUUGCACAUUUCUCUGCUUCUAACCACUUAGGUUCCCUAUUCCUCCUCUGCUGGGAGAUUUGUUGAAAGGUUUUAGUUAAAGCCAGCAUCUACUGUGUAAUGUUCAUGUUGAAAAUGAACACAGCACUUCAUUGAAGGACAAAAUCCUCAGCCUGUAGAAGGACUGAGUUGGUUGGGUGAGAAGUGGAUGCUCUGAUGUGGAGUUGAGAGCCUUGUGCAGUCAGCAACUCUGUGAGACUGCUAGGGAGUGGGGAGCAUGGAGCAUGCAGGCAGGGACCGGGCAACUGCUUUGGUCUGGUCUUCACCAUCCUGCUGCCAGCCCUUUAGUAUUAUACAAUGGCUUUGUUCCUGUGAAGAUUGAUUCUCUAUUAUUGAUGUGUAAAUAUGAAUGGAGUACUGACAUUAUUAGGCUUUACAUUGCAUCUCUCUGUUGAUCUCUGGAAACUAAUGUUGUAUUAGGUUCCAGUUUGCAAUAGUAGCAGAAGCUGACAUGCUUUUAUGAGCAUGCUGAAGCCCCAGGAUGAUGGAGUGAGAAGGGAUGGGGUGUACACUUCACCCAAGUACAAAUAAAGCAUUUCACUAGGAGAUGAUCAGAACAUGAAGGUAACAUACAUAACUCACUUCUAGGACUGUAUUUUGCUUCUUCAGGAUUCUUAAAUCUAGGUAAAGAUGGCAGUGCCCAUUUGCUCUACUUGAGGACAAUCACCAGGGCUCUAAGGGGGCUUUCGUGUUCAGGCUGCUUCUGACCUCAUUGAAGGUAUUUCUUUUGGGGGGUGAUGUGUGAGCAUAUGUGUGCGUGUGCAUCGGCCAUGUGUGUUUUAAAAAUCUUUUUUUACAUGUGGUAUCCACAAAAUAUAUUUCUGCUUGUAAAUUUUAUUGUAGAAAUCUUUAUUCUGUAUAGAUAGGCUAUUUAAUAGGGGUUCUAUUUAACCCAGUGGGACUUUGAGAAGAAGUACUAUUGUAAGGAAUUCACUUGUAUUUCUUUGCUUUAGCUUUUAAAUGGCUUGAUUUUAAAGGAAAAAUUCUAUUUAUUAAUAAGUGUCACCCUCUUGGUGCUAAGCAGGAGAAUUCACAAUUACAGCAGUAUGUUUAAAAUUAGGUUAUUCAUAAUCCUGCAUCUUUUAAUGUGACAAACUUGUGAAUCCUUCUGUGACCUUUUUAAAAAUGCAUUAUCUGAUUGCUUUUGGAAGCUUUUAACUGUUCUUUCCAGAAAUACAGCUGCUUUGCUUGGGUCUCCUUGAGCCAUAUUUAUAGUUGGUCCCAGCAUUCCAGAUUUUUAUUAAAUUGUUAAGGGAGUGAAAACUUAGUUUGCCUAGCAGGUAAAUCAUUUUCACUCGUUUACUGCCAUCUGGAAACCAUAUAAUUUUUGGUGAUUGUGUGUGUGUGUGUGUUUUGUUUUUGUUUUUUGAGUAUUUUGGUCAGUCUUUCUGGUGCCUAGAGUUGGGUUUUUCAGCUCUUAAUACUAAAGCAAAAGAGAUUAGAAUUUAGUUACCAGAAGUAUGUCCUCUAAAGGUGUUGAGCCUUUUCAAGAACCAACAAAUUUUACCUUUUCAAUUACAGCAGUUUAACUAUGGUUAAAUGUUAUUGCUGUUGUGCUGCUUCAUUUAACGCACUGUGGAACAAAAUGAGGGUAUUGUUGGAAUGGGAUUUUGGUAACUUGAGGCUUUUAGCUCUCUUGACAAUUUGAGAUAAAGACGUGAGUUAAAGUUUAUGUGUGUGAUGUGACUUAACUAUGCAGAAAAUGUAUCAGUUGGAUGUACCUGUUUUAUGUACAUCUGCUAUACUUAUUCCCUUGAACCUGUGUAAUAGUUUCUCAGUGUUCAGGUUACCUUGAGAAAGGCCAUGCUUAGCACAGAACUGGAUUUUUCCUUUGAGAAAUUUUAGCAUGGUGUGAAGAAAUUGAGUGAUAAAGGAGUGUGCUGAAUAUGCAAUAAUUUACUUCUGUGUGCUGCAUUUUAAGAAGCUAGAUGAGAAGAGUAGUUGUGUUGGCUUCAUUGUGUGUUUUAUGUCUUUGAGAGAAAAAUAGGUCUUUGAAUCCACUUUUUAAAUGUUAUGUUCCAAGGUUCACUGUGAAUCUUUUACUUUUUUAAAUUUUGUAGGUGCUUUUAUGUAUAACUGUAAUGAUUUGUAAGAUGUUAAAUGAAUGUUUUUGUACUUAACGAUUGUUAUCCAAAAGAUAGGUGUAUAGUUUACAUGCUUUCACAAAGUUUUUGUUAAGAAAUAGCAAAUGAAUGGUUUUCGGAUUUCAACCAGUGACGACACUCUUCCUGAGAUGUAAACCGAAUAGAACCCCUUAGCAUGGGUGAAAUUUGAAGAAAUUUGAAACUUAAGUUGAAUUUUCAUGUUAAUAUAUAAAAGCAAAUCAAUGCUGUCAAGGGAUUUGUGGUCACUGCUUGCUGCUUUGAGCUUUGGAUAUCCUUAUUUUUCUAUUAAAUAUCAAUAGUGCAGAUAAUGAAGAUGUACAACAGAAUAUAGCAAAAAUAACUUUAUGCUGUAAGAUUGGGCUGGUACUUUGUCUUUUAAGGCUUUAGUAGUUUGCAUAUAAUAUCAAAUAAAAAACGCAAAUCUAAAUGAAUGACAUCCACAGGGAUUAAAUUUAAAUUUUAUUAUAAAGCUCAACAUAUUAUGGUGGUCUUUAGAAAAGUUCAGGUCCGAGUACAUGUAUGCAUUAAAAACAUUUCAUUACCUAAUUCCCCCCGUCCCCCAUCAGUUAGUUUGAACAGUGAAGAGCAAAGUCAGUAUAAAAAUUAGACCAUUUGCCAAGUUUUCUUACUAUGAUAAUAUCUCUUGGCUUUUUAUUUUUGUAGUAGUACCUCCCUCUGCCUGCUCAGAGAUUUUGUUUUGAUUGACAUCUAUCGUGUCUCUGUAUUCCCUGAGCAGUGUUUUCUUUGCAUAUUAAUCAUAGUUACAAGUUCAGAUUCGUUAAUAUUUUUAUGAUUGAAGAAAAAUGUCACUUAGUGUCACUUAAGUGAUUUUGAUUCAGAUUAUAUUCUGGCCCAAGGAAGGGCUCAUGUGUAUUGUUGUGAUUUUAUAUUAAUGAUAAAACAAGUCUUAUUUUGCCCUAAGGUAUCAAUAUAUCCUAUACCUUUAAGUAUCUGUCUCUGGGUAAACAGGUGUUAGUAAAACAGCAGUUUUGUUAAACCUUAUUUCUGACUGCUUGGUAAAGCCUAGCUACUCACCUUAUAUUCUGUCCUAAGACUUUAAAGUGCAUUUGUAUAGUUGCUGAAAACUCUAAAAAUGAGAUUGUGAUGAGCUUUCUCAGCCUCUUUUUUCUGCCUAGAGUUGUUGCUCUUGAAGUUUAUAUUUGUGUGUCCUAAAGAUGGCAGAUUGCAAAUAGGCAUUAAAGGCUCUGUCCCAUGCUUUCAAAAUAAAGUUCUGGAUUUCAGUUUCAUAUAUAGGAUAGGUUAUUAUUAUAGAACAAAAGUGCCCUGGAGGGAGGAGAUAGCUAUAGUUACUGGGCAGAGAGAGUAUAAGGAAGAAAUUUUAGAAGGCAAACCAGUUCUUGAGUGUUUGUCUGUAGUAUUAGGCUAGAAAUGUGAUCACUGUCUAGACCAAGCAGUGUCUAAUAUAUAUGGCCAUUACCAGGCAUUUUCUAGCUCUGGAUAAAGUUACUGUUUGUUUUUUUUUUUUUUUUUUUUUUUUUUUUUUAUGGUUGCCAAGCAAUCCAGUAAGUCUAAAGUAAUUUUUCUCACUUUAAAGAUUGAUGUUUGGGAGUCUGGUCCUUCCUGUGCUGAUAAAUUUAUAAUUUAUAAUUCCAGCCACACUGAGGUGCUCUGCUUUCUUACUGGAAUGUAGCUCAGAGCACAGCCAGCCAUGGUCAGGUGCGUGACAUAGCCACUUAAUGUGGUAGCUAUACAUUUGUCCAUCCUGAAUGGUGAUCCAUUCCUUUCCAUCUAGUUCUCGUGACAAACAGCAUUUACUAUUCAAACAGUAAUAUAAAACUAGGGGGAAAAAAUAAAGCUACCUCUCACGCAUGGGAAUGGACUUGAAGGGGCUGGCUUCCACCAGCUUAGUUGCUCAGACUUUAAUGUACAAAGAAAUGUAAAUAAAAAACUAUGGUAAAGUAUGGAUGUUUUAUUUUGAGGAAUUUUUAUAAUUGAAUCUUUAAUCUGAAUUCCCAGAUUAAUGAAAUCACUAGUAAAGAGAUUUGUCUUGUGUCUUCUUUGGUUAGCAGAGGGAAUGGUCUAGCCGUGGUUGCAGCUUGAAAGCACAAUCUUCAGAUUGUGAAGAAUCAACCAUGACAAAGUGCUUGCAUUUAGCUCUGUGUAGUAUUGGCUAAGGGGGCUUGUGGGUAAAGGAUUGGAUGCAGAAAUCAGUUGCCUUGAUUUGUAACUUUGUCCCACAUGGACCCUCCUCUUGAGUAGACUUUAGUCCUUUAUUUAGUUCAAUGGAAGAAUAAGGGCCUAAACAUCUCUAUGUGCUGCUUUUUUUGGUGGGAGAGCUAUUGCAGGGAUUUGGAUGUUAUUUUGGUUAUCAGCUUCUGUCUGUUGAAUGCCAUUUGAAGAUAUGUUGUUUCUUCAUUCUUUUUCUUGGUGUGACUGACCAGGAAGAGGCCAUGGAAUCCCUCACCCCUACCCCAACUGCCCUUUGUAUCUUGUUCCUUCUGUAGAAGAAUAGUUUGUGCUGCAUCCUUAUGGUAAAUCUGCCACUGUGGGAAUUUAUAUGCAGUGAUCAUAUCUUGCCCUUCAGGGAUGAUCUCACUGACCCUUGGGCCAUGGUGGCGAGGAAGGCUAUGGAAACAAGUACUGUUUUGGGUCUCAGUGCAUGUAGCUGUCAGAUUGGUUUGGGAACAAAGAAAACUGUGGUUCUAGGGUGAAAUGGGCAGUGUUCUGCCAGGCCUUAGUCCUGAAGAGGUCUUAGUUAACAGUCUUAGGUUGUGGACUUUCUGAAGUAGAAUGUAACAUUUUAAUGUAAUCUGCUUUUAAUUCAUUGACUGAGGUUCUGAAACAAUCUCUAGCUACAAAUUAUGGUGUGAAACAUUUUGGGCACAAAUCUACAUUAGUCAUUUCUCAAGCUUUAAGAAAUUCACUACUUCUUUGUAAAAUAUCUUGGCUUCUAUUAUUAUUUGGGAUAUUUUGGAGUCAAUUAUGGAUGGCAGCAAAUGAAAGCAGAGGUUCUCAGUUGAAUGCAGUUUAGUAACAUAGUAACUGUUCCUCAGCAGUUUGGUUAGAUGUUAAUACUUUUUGCAGUGAAUGAAUAGCAGCGGACUUGCAUUCUUCCUGUCCUGUGUAUAUAAUGUGCACUGAUAGAAAAGCACAAAAGACCUAUCUACAAGAGUUUGUGCAUUUCACUACUGUCCUAGGCCACUGCUGUCUUUGUUGUUCAUUUUAAGUUUGUAUUUGGAUGCUGUACAAGUACCUUUUAAUUUCAAAUUGAAGUGUCCAAAGAACUUGUCUUUAAUUUUACUUUUUUGCUCGUAUUUCACUUCAAAGUUAGGAGACAGCUAACUGACUUUACAUUUUCUUACAGAUGUUUCCUUUAGUAAUAGGGAAGGAAAAUAAAACCAUGAACUAUUUUGUAUAUAUAUAUUUGUGUAUAUAACACACAUAUUAUAUAUAUACAUACACAUAUAUUUUCUUAUGAUUGUUUUCGAAGUUUAUUAGCUUAAUAUCUUAUAAAAAUCACCUUUGUUAAUUGACACAAUUCAGAUUUAAAGUUUUACCUGUUGGCUUUAAUGAAAAAACAAUGUUAUUUCAGAAUGAUUAAUCAAAUGGAAUUAUAGUUCAUGAAUUAAGUGAAAUCCUCUUAUAUAAGAUUGUCUUUCAUGCAUUUAGUUUGGAUGGGAAAGGGACUAAGAAUUGAUUUUUUUUUUUAACCCUGCUACUUCCAAAACAAGGGUUUGAAGUGUCUUUUACACUGCAAAGACUAGGUUAAUGUUCAAGGAAGAUGUCUGGUCUUAAAACGGUUUUCUUGGGGAAGGCUUUAGUCUGAAGAAGGUGAAGAUAUUUGUGCUGUGCCAUGUUAAAUUUUAUGUGGGACCUACAAGAGCUGGUAGAAAAAAAAUUGAAAUGGUUUCACUAAAUAUGUUGAAAAAACUGGACUUUAGAGUAAAUGUGAUAACUAGAUUUAUAAACUCUCCAGUAAUCAUUUUUGUCUUAUGUGAAAUGAUUUAACAUUUAAUUUUUGCCUUAAUUAUUACAGAAUUUUAGGACUUUACCUUCUAGGGGCAUUUUAAUGUUUGGAAAAAGAAUAUAAGUAAAUCAUUGGAGUAAUUCUAUCUGUGGUAGUAAUGAAGUUCCUGGUGCUUGUUUUGGUUAAUUGUCAAGCAGAGCAUAAAAGGAACCCCACAAUACCUUGGGGUUUACCUUUUUGUUAAUACAAAUUGAUACCUCUCAGUUGAAUUUAUUGUGUUUCUGGAUUUAUUACAUUCUGGCUAAACAGUAGCUUUGUCUCUUUCCCUCAGUGUUAAUCAAAAGAUGAGGAUUGAUUUUCACUUAUAUUGAGUGUGACUAUCGUAAACUAAGAAUUUCCAGUGAGUUUAAAAUAUUUGCGGAAUUAUUGUACUUCCACAGUCGACUAGUAAUGCCAGCUGUACUCUCCACUGAGAAAAUGAACAAAGUCCUGUGUCUUAACAUUUUUUUCUGACAGUUAUUUUUUUUCUGAAAGCUUUUUGAUGUAAAUAACACCAGUUUAGAAAUUAAAAACCUUUUAUCUUACAUAAUACAAUUUAAAUGAAUGAAGGUUUCCUUUUGUAUUUUAAAACAUUUUUUACAGUUGAUUGUUCAAAUAUUGGCUUUCUGUAAAAAUACUAUUGUGUUAAAUUUAGACUGUAGUGCAAUAUCAAUAAAUUUUGCUGCUUGGGCAGUUUUAAUUACUACCAUAACCGGAUUUCUGCUACUGUUACUUAUCAUAAAUUCCAACUUAUUCAUAUUUUGUCUCUCUUUGGACCAAUAAAAAAUGGUAGGUAUGAGAUAAAGGCAUACUUAAAUGAUGGGCAGAACUAUUAAAAGUGUGCGAGGGAUCCCUGGAUGGCUCAGCGGUUUGGUGCCUGCCUUCGGCCCAGGGAGUGAUCCUAGAGACCC